CACCAACAAACAAAGAAAACACACAUACAAAAGUCUCAACCAAAAGCUCUAUAUGGCAACUUCAACUUCCACUCUAUUAAUUCAAGAAUUCAUGGAGAAGUUCCACUACUCAAGAAGAUCGCUCCGGGAGGCGACCGCCAUGGCGCCGCCUCCGGCAUCAGCCGGAAUUAGCCACGACCCAAUUGAUGAUCUACCAAUUGGAAAUAAUGUCAACACAUUUUAUACAAAUGUUAUUAUGGUAUUGGCAGUACUUGUAAGUGCCACAAUUUGUUCACUUGUGUUGAAUUCCAUCAUAAAAUGUGCAUUUAGGUGCUCUACCCUAAUAUUGGUUGACUCAUACUCAAACUUUACAGAUUCUUCAGUAGCCAAUAAAGGGAUAAAAAAAAAAGCCCUCAAGACAUUUUCAGUUAUAACAUACACUAAUGAAUUGAAAUAUUCAAGGCUUGACUCUGAAUGUGUCAUUUGCUUAUCGGAAUUCAUAGUCGGAGAGAAAGUUAAGGUUCUACCAAAGUGCAAUCAUGGAUUCCAUGUCAAGUGUAUUGAUAAAUGGCUCAAUUCACAUUCUUCUUGCCCUACUUGUAGGCACUGCCUCAUUGAAACAUGUCAAAAAAUUGUCAACGGGGACAAUUCUGUUACUACAAAUGCAAUUUUACCAACAACAGUUGAAGAAAUUGUAAUAAGGAUUGAACCUCUCGAACGUGAAGGUGUUACAUCUAAUUAACAAUCCAAAUUAGAAAGAAAAAUAGGAUUAAUUAGAUAUUAAUUGUAUCAGUAUGUAUGAUGUAGAAAAAUGAUCUAUUUAGCAUGAUGAGGCAAA